UUCCUGAGCUACUGAGCACAUAGAGAACUACACAGAGAUUUCCUCUUCAGGCUCUUAAAGCAUUCGAUUUGUGGUUUUUUCUAGGGUUUCAUUUCGGGAGAAUACGAUGGGAGGCGGAUGCGGAGGCGACGGUAGUGAUGGUGGCGGGGCCGUCACCGCUGUUACCAUUAACGUAAGUUGUACUGACGGCACGAAGUUCACCGUUCAGGUGAGCCUCGACUCGUCUGUUCAAUCCUUCAAGUCUCUGCUUGCAAAAACAUGUGACAUCCCUGCGGAAGAGCAGCGUUUGAUUUAUAAAGGCGGCAUUCUCAAAGACGAUCAGACUCUAAAGAGCUAUGGUUUGGAGGCAGAGCACACUGUUCAUUUGGUUCGUCGUGUUCUACCUGAUGCAUCCGAUAACACAGCUGAAGAGGGAACAAGGGGUGGAUCUGGUGGUUUACCAGCUUAUGCAAUUGAUUUGAGUGGAUUUCCAGAGUUUGAACAAAUGCAGCAUGAGUUUAUUCAGAACCCAGACAUGAUUGUGGAAACUAUUCAUCAGCCUUUUGCUCAGAUCAUGAUGAGUUAUCCAGAUGUUAUGCGCAACAUUUUGUUGAGUGACCCUAUAUCGCGUCAAGUUAUUGAUAGGGAUCCAGACCUUGCUAGCAUACUCUAUGAUCCUUCCAUCUUCAGUCAGAUGACAGAGAUUGUAAGACACACAAGCGUUGAAUUCAUACGUAAUCUUAUACGCAUUGCAGAAGGAGCUGGUGGUGGCGACGGCGGUAGUAGUGAUGGUGGAGACGGCGGUAGUAGUGGUGGUGCUACUCAAACGCAUCCUGCUGUGAUUGACCUGUCAAAUCCGGCUGUUUCACAUAAUGUGCAGGAUAUGAAUCAGAUGUCUGGCGUAAAUGCAAAUGCAAAUCCAAUUGCAGAGAUGCGCAAUCCCCAAAUGAAUUCAGAAGAGAACAUGGAGCAAUCUCUUUUCUCCCAACUUGGUCAGCAACAAAGCACCAGGAUGGGUGUGAGUCAAACAAGUGGAGGAACAGUGGGCCCAGAAGAAGUGUACGCUAGUGAAGUUGCAGAACUAGAAGAAAUGGGUUUUCCUGAUACACGUCGGAAUAUUGAAGCCCUGGCACUGGCAGCCACCGAAGGUAACAUUCCUGAUGCUGUUGACCGCCUACUUGGUGGUCAAUAGAAGCUUCCAGGCCACACGUGUUAUGUGUGUUAUAUGACUAUGACUGUUCUUUUUGGGGAUGAUGAUUACCAGUAACAAACCCACGUGCUUUUGUUAACAUGUAAUGUGUCGUUGCUUACCUCAUUACAUGGUUUUUGAAGCCAAUUUUUUGGGAAUUGGAUCAUGUUGGAUGGAUCUAAUUCUAUUAUGAUGCGAGUUACGGGUG